UUACUUCGUGAGCAACGUAUGCGCUCUUUUUGGAACUGCUUGGCCCAGCUGAUGGGCUUUUUUGUGCGUGCCCUUGUAGAGCAAGGUUUGCUCGAAUUGCUUCAUUUAUUGACCAGCACAGGAGCACCAGCUCCUUGGAGCCCGCUCUACGUCCCACUUUUUACUUCCCCUAACUUAGGAGACUCGGCAUUGACAAAAGUUGAGAAGGAUGCAAGGGAAGGAGCCGUUAAAAGACCACCAGAAAACUCACCUCUUCUGUCAAUCAAUUUGCGAGGCAGACUGGUAUCUCAGGCGCCUGCUCAGAUUUCCCGGAUCAACUUCAGCACGAAGUCAAAGCCAAACGAUCAAUCAGCCCUGGAGUUUGGACCAGGCUUGUGUCAGCUGGUCGAAGAGUUAACCGGACUUGCGGACUAUGUUGUUUCAGUCUCAGCCAAUCUGCCACGAGUUGAGCUGUGGCUCUUCCAGGACAUGGUUCCACAGACAUGGUUACCUUUCAUUUAUAGAGAGACACAGUCUACUGUUCAAUCGGAUCGAGAUGUAUCCGACUUCAGUUUGGAGUCGAAAACUUUGGAAGAGGAACCACUAUUUCUGCCUGAAUGCAAGAAUCAUGAGAGCUUUGUCUUACAGACCAAGGAGUUGAUUCGAGAGUCUCUAAAAACAAUCCUAUUUCAGGAUAUUGUCGAGUAG